GAUUUGGCAGGGUUUGUGUAUUUGAAGUUAUUAAAAGCACUGUCAAUAUCUUGGAAAAACUUUUGUGCUUUAAAUAAGUCUAAUAUCAGAUAGUAGAUCUAGGGACAUACAUAUAAUGAAUUGUAACGAAUGGAGGCCUCAAGAAAAUAUUUUAUUGUCAGUAAAGGAUGUGUUACAAGAAGCUUUAAUACCAGACAGCGAAGUUCAGAAAAAUGUGCAAGAGAAAAUCAAUAUUAUUCAAAAUUUAUCAGACUUCACAUACUAUCUGUUAUUUAUACUUGGAAACCCCAGCUUUUCCGAAGAUAUUAGAUCUCUUAGUGGAAUUUUACUGAAGAAUAAUUUGGCAACCACAUAUGGAAAUCUAAGUUUAGAAAGUGUAUCCAAACUUAAGCAAGAGUGUUUGCAUCUGUUAAAUGAUUCAUCUCGUGAAGUCAGAAUUAGCAUUUCCAAUGUCAUUGUUGUUAUAGCACGAGAUCAUUUGAAAUCGUGGCCUGAAUUGAUACCCAUUUUACUGAAAAACUUUAUUGCUCAAAAUGAAUUUAGUGAAGUUGCGUUGACAACUCUUUUUAAAAUUUGCGAGGACUUAAUUAAUAAUCAAAAAUCUCAGGAAGAAAUUUAUAAGGUAACUAAAGAAGUGUUUCCCAAAUUCAUUGAAUAUCUUUCAAAAGAAGACUGUCCGAUGCAUUUAGAUAUAGUGAGAUUGACAAAUCAGUUUCUACAGGACUUUUUCCCACUAAUGACACAGUCUCUUGACCUAGGAUUGUAUUUGAAACAUGUCAUGAAGUUAGCUAACACAGAUGACAUUGAACUUCAAAAAUAUGUGUGCCACACUUUUGUCAUUUAUGUGGAUAAGCAGGAGGGAUCUCUAUUGCCUCAUUUGCACAAUGUCAUUUUGUAUUUAAUGGAUAAAUGCCAACAUGAAGAUCAUGAUGUGGCACUGCAAGCAUGUGAAUUUUGGUUAGCAACAACAAAAUUGACCACUUGCAAGGAAAUUAUUUCACCUCAUAUCAACAAAUUGCUGCCCAUUUUGCUAAAAAAUAUGCAUUACUCAACGGUUGAAUUAAAUCUUAUCAAAGAUCGCUUGGGUUCAGAUGCAAAUAAUAAAGAUUUGCCCCAAGAUAUUUCUCCAUUCCACGUAAAAGACAGAAUUAGCCAAGAGGAUGAUUAUUACAGCGAUGGAGAUGAUGACACUGAAGGACAAGGGGACGAUUUUGAUGACUUUUAUAUGGGUUGGACUUUAAGGAAGUGUAGUGCUGCAUCGCUGGACUCAUUGGCCUUAAGGUUUGGUGAUGAAUUGUUGCCAAUAUUAGUUCCAUUUAUAAAUGAAAUGCUAAUGCAUUCUGACUAUUUGGUUAAAGAAUCAGCAAUUUUAGCACUUGGAGCAAUAGCUGAGGGAUGCUUGACUGGUCUGAAAGCACAUCUGCCUGAAUUGUUAAAUUUUCUUCUGCAGUCAAUGAAUGACGAAAAUUCUGUGGUUAGAGUUAUAACUUGUUGGACAUUGAGUCGGUAUGUUACAUGGAUAAUUAAUGUUCACCCUGAUGCUCCUCAUACUUACUUUAUACCCGUUAUGACAGUUCUGUUAAAGCAUUUUAUUGAUGAUAAUAAGAGUGUGCAAAGAGCUGCAAUCUCAGCUUUUUGCAUUUUUCAGGAAGAAGCUCAAUUAAAAUUAGUCCCCUAUAUAGAUUUCAUUUUGGAUGGAUUUUGUUUGGGAUUUGAAAAAUUUCAUUGCCGCAGUUUGUAUUUACUGUAUGAUGCAAUUGGGGCAUUAGCUCAAUCAGUGGGCAAUAAUUUGAGCAAACAAGGUUAUGUUGCUAAGCUCUUGCCCCCUCUAAUGAUGAAGUUCACGGAAAUAGAUAGUUCUUAUGAUGACCAUUUUAUUGCUGUCUUAGAAUGUCUAGCUAAUGUGAUCCCAGCUUUAGAAGAGUCCUUCUUACCAUACGCAGAAACAGUUUUUUUUCAUUGUUUGCAGCUGAUUCAUGAUACUCUAAUUUCUUGUAUAAAUUACCAGGAACAUCCGAAUGAAUAUGAUCCGCCCGAUAAGGAACCCAUGAGUGUAGCCCAUGAUGUUUUGUACAGCAUGGCAUUAGGACUUAAAUCUCAUUUUGUCAAAUUUGCAACAAAUAGUAACCUAGUUCCUUUACUUUACACAACUAUGCAAGAUGGCUCUAAUUUAAUCAGGCAAACUGCUAUAGCCUUGUAUGGGGAAUUACUUUCUCUUUGUUACCCAUUUUUAUCUUCCAAUAUUAAUGAAUAUUUACCAUUAAUUAUUAAAAACUUGGACGAACACAGCGAUGGUGUAUGUAAUAAUGCAGCAUGGGUUGUCGGAAAAUUGUGUUUAGUUAUGGGCAUUGAUAUUCAACCAUACUUGCCAGAAAUUUUGAGUAGGUUUGUUCAAAUACUUCGUAAUCCAGCGGUUGCUCGGACUAUGCACCAAACAGUUGCAAUUUCUCUUUGCAUUAUAUUUUUCGUUUGUCCAGAUAUAGAUGUACCUGAAUUAGACGCUAUUGUUAAAAACUGUUGCAUGUUGAUUCGAAAUGUACGUGACUCUGAUGAGAAAGAUUGGGCCUUUCGUGGUCUGUGUCAGAUAAUCUUUCGUCAUCCGGAAUUUAACAAAAAUUAUUUCAUAUUUUUCUGUGACGCGUCAGCAUCUUGGUUUAAUAUUAGACCAGAUUUAAAGGACACGAUUAGAAACGUUUUAAUUUCAUUUAAACAGCAGUGUGGUGAAGAAAAUUGGCUUCAGUUCUAUAGUCAGUUUCCCGAGGCCUUGAAGAGUAGACUAUUUGACAUCUACGGGGUGUGAUUUGGUAAAAUCUUUUUUGGGGAUAAUUGAAAUUGGGUGGGAAAGCUUGAGUGCACCUGCCUUAAGUUUGUUCGCGUUCUAUUAUUUCCUAAUUAUACCGCAUGGGUGGGAUUUAAUUUUGCAAAACUGAUUAGGUAAUUUUCUGUUGAGACAAACAGUAUUUAAAUAUUGAUUUCUAAAACUUUUUCACCGUCAGCAGCAGAAAAGUUUUUUCAUUAUGUCCAGAGGAGGUUUUUGUUUUAGCCGUGAAAGCCCAGAUAUCCCAGAGAAAAAUAAAUGAAGCAUUGUGAUAAGUAGUUAACGUUUUAUAACUGAGUAAAUUAUCAAAAAAGCGAUUUUUAUUUUUAUAUCAUUAUUCUAAAGAAUGAGAAAUUUAUUUCUUUAAAAUGUUUCUUAAGGUCGCAAUGUUUCUUAUAUUACAUUGUUUCUUAUAAUGUUGCAAUAUUAUGUUGUAAUUACAGGAAAUGUCAAAGUGAGUUUAUAUUCAAUUUUGUGCCAAAUGGGAGAAAUUAAUCUUUUUUUAAAAAGCAACUAGUUUCAAAAGCAUUUUAUAAAAAUUAUACACAGCCCUAGUCAUUAUAGGGUUUGUGAUAAUUCUUUAACUUUUUUCUUCCUCGUCUUAAAUACCACAGAUAUAUUGUUAAAUGGGUGUCAAUUAUGUGUUGAGAUUCUUUAUUAUUUUGUAAUUUGAAUAAUUAAACUUCAUAAUGGCAUAUCCUGUCUAAAACUACAAUGUGAGCGUGUUAAGUGAUUUAUAACCCAAUGCUGGUAAAAGCAUGGCGAUUGUUGCAUGCAUUUUUCAAGAUUUGUGACUGUAUUGUAUUACUUACAUUGUAUACCGUUGUUUUAAUGUGAUACGCAAAUUAACCGUUUCUUCGUUAGCAAUAAUGGUGUCGAUUUUCGAAAACUCAGUACUUAAUCAUAUUUGUUUUUGUGCCAAAUUUUGUUUGUUUUAUAUUUUCGUUGUUGUUUUAUAUCCAGCUUAUAAAUCUUAUGUCAAUUUAACAUUCCUGAU